GUGUGUUUACUGUGAUGUGAUGACAGGUGGUGCGUUCACAGUCCUCGGUGAUGAACAGAGGUUGUGUGUUUACUGUGAUGACAGGUGGUGCGUUCACAGUCCUCGGUGAUGAACAGAGGUUGUGUGUUUACUGUGAUGUGAUGACAGGUGGUGCGUUCACAGUCCUCGCUGAUGAACAGAGGUUGUGUGUUUACUGUGAUGUGAUGACAGGUGGUGCGUUCACAGUCCUCGGUGAUGAACAGAGGUUCCAGUCUGAGCAGCGAGGUCGGAGCUCUGAAAGAAAACAUCAAGAAGAACCGAUACAAAGACAUCCUGCCAUAUGACCAGUCUCGAGUGGUGUUGUCUCUGCUGACCUCAGACUCUGACUCUGAUUACAUCAAUGCCAGCUUCAUCAAGGGGGCAGCAGCUGACAGCAGGUACAUCGCCUCUCAGGGCCCCCUCAUCUCCACUGUGAUCGACUUCUGGAGGAUGAUCUGGCAGCAUGACGUCAAGGUGAUAGUCAUGGCCUGCAGAGAAAUAGAGAUGGGAAAGAAGAAGUGUGAGUGUUACUGGUCUCCAGUUCAGCAGUCUGCUGCGUUUGGACCGUUUACAGUCUGCAAGAAGGAGGAGACGCGUCCGAAUGAAGACAUCGUGGUCAGAGAUCUGACCGUCACCUACCAGCAGGAGAGCCGUGCCGUGACUCAGUAUCAGUAUCUGUCGUGGCCGGAUCACGACGUUCCCUACGAGGCUGCAGGAGUCCUGGACCUGCUGGAGAGAGCCAGAACCAGCCAGGGAACACACAGCUCGCCUCUGCUGGUACACUGCAGUGCGGGCUGUGGGAGGACCGGCGUCAUCUGUGCUCUCGACUACAUCCAUGACCUGCUGGUUACCGAGCAGAUCAACACGACCGACUUCAGCAUCAUGAACAUCGUCCUGCAGCUGCGGAGACAGAGGCCCUCGGCCGUCCAGACUAAAGAGCAGUAUCAGUUCAUCUUCACAGCAGCCGUCUGCAUGUUGGAGCGACUCCUGGAGGCGGCCGCCGAUCGUCAGCUUUACUCCAACCUGCCGCAGAAUGGGAAGGACGACGCAGCUCCUCUACCUCCGAAGAAAUCUGCAAAACCACCUACUGUCUCCAAGAGACUGUCACAGCAGCCGGUCAUGAAUGACACGUACGCUGUGGUCAACAAGCCCAAACACCCCCCUACAGCAGACCCCGCCCACUCUGCUGUAGCCCCGCCCAGAUCCAGCAGGACCUUGCCCCCGUCCCAUUACUAUGACAACGACCCUGCAGGGGCAUCGGCAGCGGCAGUCUACAGCACCGUCAGACCUCGAGCUAAACCGAACAGCCUGUCGCUCUCGGCCACGCCCAUCUACAACGCGCCGCGGUCGUCCAAUCACAGGCUGGAGGAGGAGGGGCUGCUUCCAGCUGAACGUCAUUCAUCAACGGACCACGAUUAUGAAGAUUUGUCACCGUCGGUCCCGGACCUGACCCUCUGCUCACCUAGCGGUAUCGGGUUUAACUGUCGUAUUCAGAAGCCAAGAGGACCCCGAGACCCUCCGGCCGCGUGGAGCCGCCUGGAGAGAUGAAGCCGUUAAACUUCACUGGUUCCCAGUUCCCUUCCCUUCCAGACUGGGAAGAUAAAGAGCUGUUUUUAUUGACGUUUUUGUAACUUUUUUGAUGCUUCAUUUGACAUUUUGUCCAAAUUUCCAAUGAGGGUGUAUUCAAUGUCCAUUAAGUAAUGUGGGAAUUUCCCCCCCGCCGAUUGUCACAAUAAAAUACCAAGGAUAGCA